CUCUUGAUCCAGUCACUUCCCCAAGCCACACCAUUGAUCACUACUAUACUGGGGACAAGCCUUCAACACAUGAGCCUCUGAGGGACACUAUUCUCUAGAAGAGCUAAGCAUUUCAUACUGGCGUUGGAGACAGGGGCUGCCCUCUUCCCGCUAUACAGGUAGGAAAAGUAAGAUGGAAAAUGAGCUUGUCUGCAGGUCAAGCAAGAAGCAUCUGAGUUUGAAACCCUGUCCAACCUUCUGUCCAAAUCCUUUUGCUGUACCUUCUAGACUGCUGGGUCCCAAGAGGACCAUGGGGUACACAGUCCUCUCACGAGAAGCCAGCAAGGUGAGGUAGACGGCUCACAUGGAUUAGCUUCUCGGACUGGCCUUCCCGUUCCCUUGCCUCUCCAGGAAUCUCUUGUCCAGCCCCACUGAGACCCCCAUAUCCUUUCAUCCUGAUGCCUGCCACCGACCACUUCUCACAUCCUCCCCGGUGAAGAAUGUCACCUUGCUUCAUAUCUGCGCCCUUGUGGUUGGCUGGGCAGGGGGGCGGUGGGGGCGGGGGUGAGGUUAACCUCAUUGUUGUCUUAUAUGGUCAUUUAAAUCUCCAAGGGCUUCCUCCAAGGGCCAAAAAUAAUCCAGAGACACAGCAGCUGUGUCCAGCACACAGAGAGGACCUGGCCAUCUGCUUUGGUUCAGAGCCCUGUGUCUGUCUGUCACUUCAACUCUCUCCCGGCUCACCCUCCAUCCUUCCUGCCUCCAGCAUGACCCGAUUCUCCUAUUCGGAGUACUUUUCUCUCUUUCACUCUGGCUCUGUACCCUCCAGGUCCUCCUCUUCUCCCGAGAGCCCACCGACCCGUGCACCCCUGGGCCUGUUCCAAGGGGUCAUGCAGAAGUACAGCAGCAACCUGUUCAGGACCUCCCAGACAGCGGCUAUGGACCCUGUGCUGAAGGCCAUCAAGGAAGGGGAUGAGGAAGCCUUGAAGGUCAUGAUCCAGGAUGGGAAGAAUCUUGCAGAGCCCAACAAGGAGGGCUGGCUACCGCUACACGAGGCUGCCUACUAUGGCCAGCUGGGCUGUCUGAAAGUCCUGCAGCAAGCCUACCCAGGGACCAUUGACCAGCGCACACUGCAGGAAGAAACAGCAUUGUAUCUGGCUGCAUGCAGGGAACACCUGGACUGCCUCCUGUUGCUGCUCCAGGUGGGGGCAGAGCCUGACAUCUCUAACAAAUCAAGGGAGACCCCACUUUACAAAGCCUGUGAGCGCAAGAACGCAGAGGCAGUGAGGGCACUGGUACAGCACCACGCGGACACCAACCACCGCUGCAACCGGGGCUGGACGGCGCUGCAUGAGUCUGUCUCCCGCAAUGACCUGGAAGUCAUGGAGAUCCUGGUGAGCGGUGGGGCCAAGGUGGAGGCCAAGAACGCCUACAGCAUCACUCCUCUGUUUGUGGCUGCCCAGAGCGGGCAGCUGGAGGCUCUGAGGUUCCUGGCCAAGCAUGGCGCAGACAUCAACACACAGGCCAGCGACAGCGCAUCAGCCCUCUACGAAGCCUGCAAGAAUGAACACGAAGACGUGGUGGAGUUUCUUCUCUCCCAGGGUGCUGACGCCAACAAAGCCAACAAGGAUGGCCUGCUUCCUCUGCAUGUGGCCUCCAAGAAGGGCAACUACAGGAUAGUGCAAAUGCUGCUGCCCGUGACCAGCCGCACUCGCGUGCGCCGCAGCGGCAUCAGCCCUCUGCACCUGGCGGCCGAGCGCAACCACGACGCGGUGCUGGAGGCGCUGCUGGCCGCGCGCUUCGACGUGAACGCGCCCCUGGCGCCGGAGCGCGCGCGCCUCUACGAGGACCGCCGCACCUCCGCGCUCUACUUCGCCGUGGUCAACAACAACGUGUACGCCACCGAGCUGCUGCUGCUGGCCGGCGCUGACCCCAACCGCGACGUCAUCAGCCCUCUGCUCGUGGCCAUCCGCCACGGCUGCCUGCGCACCAUGCAGCUGCUGUUGGACCACGGCGCCAACAUCGACGCCUACAUCGCCACGCACCCCACCGCCUUCCCCGCCACCAUCAUGUUUGCCAUGAAGUGCCUGUCGCUGCUCAAGUUCCUCAUGGACCUCGGCUGCGAUGGCGAGCCUUGCUUUUCCUGCCUGUACGGCAACGGGCCGCACCCGCCCGCCCCUCGAUCCAGCCGUUUCCACGACGCACCCGUGGAUGACAAGGCACCCAGCGUGGUGCAGUUCUGUGAGUUCCUGUCGGCCCCGGAAGUGAGCCGCUGGGCGGGGCCCAUCAUCGACGUCCUUCUGGACUACGUUGGCAACGUGCAGCUAUGCUCCCGCCUGAAGGAGCACAUUGACAGCUAUGAGGACUGGGCCGUCAUCAAGGAGAAGGCAGAACCUCCGAGACCUCUGGUUCACCUCUGCCGUCUGCGGGUUCGGAAGGCCAUAGGAAAAUACCGGAUAAAACUCCUAGACACACUGCCGCUCCCGGGCAGGCUAAUCAGAUACCUGAAAUAUGAGAACACACAGUAGCAGGCCUGGAGAGGAGACUUCAGACUGGCACUUCAGACUGUUUCCAUGACACCCCAGCUGGCCUGUAUCCAAGAGCACCUGGGGUCAGAAUGAGGCUGCAGAGUAUGGUCUUGCUGGGUCUCUGUACUAGAGCUUCCAUUCAAAGCGAGAGCCGGAUGUGUGGAGUAGGCGAGGAACCUCCCGUUUCAGACUGUUGAAUGGAUCACGGACCUGCUCUGCCGCUGCGAAUAGCCAGAGACCUUCAACCUGGGGCUAAGGCAGAGCUGGUCUGGGAAAGACAGCCCAGGCAGGAAGCCUAGGCUUCAGUUGGAGAACUUGUGGAAUGACUUCACCUGUGAAUCUUACUGGACUCUGAGCUUUCAGGCUGGGAGGGGACCCUCAGCCUGAGUCUUCAUCGAGUACAAUAAAUGUUGAGUACAAAUA